AAAAGUUUUUCAAAGCUCAUUUGUAUCACAUACUACGUAUUAAAACAGGGGAAAGUCUAUUUUUCAUACUAAGAUAAAGACUUUUAUUUUCAAAACCCAAUAACCAAAGUUUUAACCGUUGACUAUUAUAGUAAAAAAAAAAAAAAAAGUACUCCCUAUGUUCUAGAAAAAUAGACAUAUUCGACCUUACCGAUUCCAGGAGAUCUUUCUCACCCCGAGUCCUUUGUAGCUCUCUAAAUAAAAAAAAUAAAAUUGUCAACUAUAUUUCAUUAUUUUGAAUUACUCUUGUUUUCCUAAAAAUUUAUUGUCCACCGACCUAAAAAUCUUGAAAUGUGCAGUAAAUUUUUUGUCCACCGACCUAACAGCUUCGAUUUUUUUCAUACGGAGUACUUACUGAAAUUUCUUCAACCAAUCUCCGAAUGUAAAAAAGUAAAAACCACUGUCAUCUUUACCGAUUUCCGAAUAUUACUCGACCAAAAAAAAAAAUUUAAAAAUUAAAAAAUUGUCAUCUUACUGUCUCUCAUUCCAAAACCACUCCAUUAAACGGUUAAACCCUCUUCCUCUUUCUCUCUCCUCCAUUGAAGCGCGUGCUCUGACUUCUCCUUUGAACCAGCUUCUGAGCUUUCUCUUUUUCCAUUGAAGCAUCUUCUGAGGCUGUUGAUUAUAUUCCUUAAUUGUUGGGUAGAAAUCUGGAAAUGGAUCCUACCGACGAGGACGCGCUCCUUGCGAACUCGAGGUACUUAACUCGGCAGGAAGUAAUAAAACGGCGAGUUCGUCGACUGAGGCGACUCACUGAUUGUUACAAGGGUCAUUAUUGGUCGUUAAUGGAGGAUGUGAGGCGGAAACACCGGGAGUAUUACUGGAUGUAUGGGAAAGGACCUUGCAGGGAAGAAGAUAAUGAGGCCGAGGAGAGAGAUAAUGGCGUCGGUACUAGUAAUGGGAUCAAUGGCAGUGGCGUUAAUGGUAAUGGUAAUGGUAACAGUGAAAAUGGUGGUAGUGGUGAUAAAUUAGGGGUGGAGUAUGGGAGAAGUUUCAGUUGGUGCUCUUACAGUGGGUGUGAAGGGAAAGCUAUGGCGUUAACGCGAUUCUGUAUCUUGCAUAUAAUGAGUGAUAGCAAGCAGGUGCUCUACAAAAAAUGCAAAUAUCCACAAUUGAGAGACGGUGGGCGGAUUGGUUCCCUUCUUUGUAAUAAGGCUAUACUAAGCGCUACCACUCCGACUCUCUGCCAGAGACAUGCGCUGGAUGCUAAGAGGCACAUCAGCCAGGCUUUGAAAAAGGGUGGUGUUUCUGCUGCCUUGUCUAACAAGGCUGCUACCAAGUUUCAUCUUGUGAUAAAUGAGUACGUCCAAUUGAUUCAAUCUAAGAGAAGAUAUAUUGCAAGAACUAAUAAGGAUAACAUUGCAAUUGAGAAUGGCGGUAAUUGAAUAAUCUAAUCUACUUUUUAUCAGUAUAUAAUCAGCAUUUAGUGUGGUUGAUGGAGCACAACAUUUGACAUAUACCGAUCAUGAAAUUAUGGGCCUCGUCUCUGCUACACCAGACCAGAUGUUUCCUUCUCCCGUUAAUCUAUAGUGUGUAUGAUGUUUUCCUACCUACCCCCCCCCCCUCCCCCGUCUGCCUUUUAAUGUUUCUUUUCCUGAGAGAUGAUCUGUUACUUUGUUGUUAGGGGAGUGAAUCUAGAGCUGUGCAUGACAAAUGAUCACUUUAUCAGUCGGUGCUGUAUAUAAUUGCUGUAUAGAACCUAUUCUCUGCUAAGGCUUGAUACUUCUGAACUCUUGUGUAAGUAUUGUUCAUGAGCAUUAGAAUGUUACGAUAUAAGUGUAUAA